UCGACACCGGUCGUUAUUGCGUCAGGAUGGCGGCGGCUGCAGUCAAACUGACUGACGAGUUCUUGCGAUGCACCAUUUGCACCGAGGUCCUACAGGAGCCAUGCACACUUGUCUGUUAUCACACAUUCUGUCGGAAAUGUGUCGUCAACUACACCAAAACUAAACCCGAAGCCAUCAGUGCCAAGUCUCUUCUGUGUCCAUUCUGCAGCAAGAUGACGAAAGUGUCUGAGCCUGACAAACCAGUGGAGGAAUGGGCGGAUGACGUCAAGCCAAGCUUUGUCAUCCAGGGACUGUUGGACUCCUUUGGUCCAGGAUCUAAAGACAUGACGAACUGCCAGUAUUGUAAAGAAAUAGGGAAGGCAACUCCAGCUGUUUCCUGGUGCUCCGUUUGUGAUGACGCAGUCUGUGAAGAAUGUGCAGCAAUGCACAAACGAAUUCCAGCAACACGGAACCAUGAAGUUAUCAUUUUUACAGGAGAUACAAAAACCUUGCAAAAGCGAAAGGUAAUGUGCGAAGAGCACAAAAAUGAAUGUAUUGAGUUUGUUUGCAAAGACUGCAAAAAGCUGAUUUGUCAGAAGUGCUGCAUAGUCUACCACAGGAAAUGUUCAUCUGUUGUCACAAUUGAAUCAGAGCUUACCGAGAUGAAGACAAAACUGAUGACAAAAAGGAAGUCGUUGCUUACAGACGAACAAAUGAGGAAGGACCGAGUCAGAGAACAGAAACUAAGACUCACUGAGGUCAGUGAAUCAUCGUCAGAACUGGAGUCACUGAUUCGGUCGUCCUGUGACAUGGCCAGAGAAAAGAUUAAACAGAAGGAGAACACACUCAUAAACAAACUGAAAGAAGCUACAGAAAUUCACCUUGGACAGCUAAAAGCUGACAUCAAGGCGGGAGAAAUGUCAAUCCAGAUGUACCACCAGGAGGUCGAGCUGAUAGACAAGGGUCUGGGGACUGAAUGUCAGGUGGACAUGUACCGAUUUUGUCAGUGGUUUGAGGAGGAACGUCAAGAAGAGGCUGUAGUCAACGAGACUGUGGACAAAAUCAUUUAUGAACAGGAUAUGGACAAGCUUGUCAAUGUUCUAGACAAUCUACCACUGGGAGACAUUGAGGUUGUGUAUAAGGGUAAUGAGAUGCAUGGUGAUGGUGUGUUUGAUGUGAAGGGAACGCCUGUCUUACAUAAUACAAUAAACAUUAGGUUACCAUCUGACAACUCCUCGUCCACGCCCUUGGAUGUAAUGGUGAUGGUGGUCAACAAUACGCAUACACUGGUGGUCAUAGAUGAUGGGAAUGGAAAUCUGAAGUCCUUCUACACUCGGAAUAAUAAAGCAUGUCAAAGUAACAUUGAUGUUGGAAGUCGGCCAUGCAAUAUAGCGAAAUUGUCAAACAAUCAGGUGAUUGUAUCUAUUAGCAAUGAACGAAAGCUUGUAACGGUUGGCGUCACUCCAGACCUUGUGCAUCUCUCAACGAUCAACACAAGCAAACAUUAUUAUGGUUUGACUGCUCUGACAUCGUCAACACUAGCGGCCGGGUCUCUGUCCCUCCGUGUGUGGAUAUUAUUGAUGCGGCGGGGAACGUUCUGAGGUCGUUUAUGCCGAUUGUAGAUAGGGUACCACUGGUCAAAAGACCCUAUUACCUCUGUACGUCGAGGAAAGGGAACAUCCUUGUGUCUGACGAAGGAACCAGGCGUAUAUUGUGUUUGA